AUGGCACGAUUACGAGGCGCGCACUCUGUUAGCCGGAGAAGUUCUCCCAUUUCACCCCAGAGACCAUCAUCUUCCUCAGCCAUCAACACACAACCGACAUCAGGCCAACUGCCCCCUCGCGCACGAAGCCAUGACAUCCCGGACACCCGCCAACCGUUGCAGCAUGUUGUGCAGGGGCUGAGUGCAGUGAGCGAAGAAGCGGACUUUCAGCAGGGAACUCCCGAUGAUUCUGAGUCUAUCCAGUUUGCCUCGGACACGUCACGGAACACUGAAGACGACCUGAAAGACCUCGACCGAGAUGCUAUCAUUGAUGUGCUUGGCGACCUCUACAACGACUCUAACAAUGUCUUCGGCCUUUUCGACACCCUCGAUGAGGGUCCCCUCCGCAGCUACUGUGACGCCUUGUGGAAGCCAAAUUCUGCCCAAAGACUACGGUUUCGUCGUCGCGAGGUCCAAUUUCUAGCAGGUCUGGAGACCUAUGGCACCAGCGACUACAUCAUUCCCGAGCUUAUUGUCUUGAAGAUUGCAGACAAGGUCAAUAUCCAUGACGUGUCAACGGGCCCGGCUCUACAGGCGCUUCCUAUCAUUUAUACUGCAAAUCUCUCAUCCGCGAUUCUCCAUGUGUUUAGCCUAUUGCCAGACAAUCAAGCUACAUUCACACAACUCAUAUACAACGACAUGUGCCACGAGGACGAUGAUACUGACGAACGUGUUCCAUCCGUGUUUGCAGGUCCAAAGCACUAUCCACUAAGUCCGAAAUUAACGGAAGAUCUUGUCGACCUAGGUGUCGAUAUUGUCACUCAGGUAUUCAUCCAAGAAGCUGAGGAGAAUCUCGCCUCAGAAUCCUACUUUGACCCGGACAAGUUGGCCAAGAAGGUGUUCUGGGACGAGCACGAGCAGUAUCAGGGCUAUUCAUCGACGAAAACACGGCCGAGAGCCAUUCAACGCCUCAAGUUGGUAAGGAAGUACUUCCGGACUGAUUCGCAAGAGCCACUUGAUCUCGAUGGACUCAAGAAAGAGUUUCCAUGGCCUGAGUUUGCUCUAAAAGUAUUAAAAUGGUCGCUGGCGCGCAAGGCCGAGUUAGUCCUUUCGAUCAAGAAACUGGGUGGUAUCGACUCGAUCAUUGACACUAUCAAGUCGAUCGACACCAUUGACGAUGAGAAUGCAAAGAAUUCAACCCGUAUGCCGGAGACGACAUCGGCGGAUCAUAUUGCUGCCGCAACCCAGCAGAGACCACCCGGAAUCACGAUGAAACGGCGAAGACCAGCGACAGAUGCCGCCAGAUUAAGAGAGUUGCGAGAGAGACUGUCCACCAGCAUCUCUGAUGAUGACAUCGAGGAAGCGGACAACACUCCACGACAGACAACAAUUAAGCCUCAGUCCAUCCAUCAACGAGAAAUUCCACAAUCCCCGUCACAAGAAGAGGAUGAGGCGCAAGAUGAGGCCGAUGGUAUGGUGCAUGAGACAAUAGAGGUUAUCGAAGAAGCUGUACACCUUGACGAAGAUAUUGAUGACAAUGUCUCGCACGGUUUUCAACACGAGGUCGAGGAUCCCCGUCGAUCUGACCGACUCUCUGAAGACCCCGUACAGGAACUCCAAUCGACGCAGCAGACGCACAUAGUCAUGUCCGCCCUCUUGCGCCAAAAAGAGCAACUUAACCCGGAGAAUGCAAGACAACAUGAAAAUGUUCACCCCACUAAGCCGCAGAAACGAUCUUUCCUUGAUCGACAGCCCAACGCUCACAAGGUCAAUUUCACCGAAGCGUCAGACGACGAAGACACCACCAGCACACCAAAAUUGACCAAACGGCGCCCACCACCUGCUGAAUCUGAAUCCGGGUCUGAAGAGGAGGAAGAGGAGUUCGAAAUCGAUACACGGCCACCUCCAAAGAAGGUUCGAUCUGACAGACCUCAGGGACGUCAGCUUCCCAGGAGUAGGUCUUCGCAGCCACUGGCUGAUGAUGAAAAGACCCCUGCUUCAGCAUCCCAGCGUAGGCCAACAGCAGCAACCGAUGCGCGAGGCCAACGAACAUCACAACGUGCCCCUUCUUCAAACUUGAGCGUCGUCGUGCCCAGUAGAACUGCCGUUCGCGGUGUGGCAAGUACGCAAGCGCAACCUGCGGCCUCACACUCGAGUACUCACCCACCACGGCAAAGCAUCAGUGUCGAGAUUAAAAAACACGGAACCUCCCACAACACAAAUGCGGCUCCUUCUUCUUCCAGUGCACCUCCUCCCCAGCAGCCACGCGUAGCUUCUCGCUCACGUCGCGAGACGUCGUCGCCCCCCGUUCCCGACGUCCGCACCGUCAACGCCGAAGCCAAACGCAAUGCCCAACUAAGCCGGGCACUCCGCGGCGGUUCCGCCGUCCAAGUCCGCAAAGGCUGGACGGAAGCCGAGACUCAUCGCCUCAUUGAAUUGAUCGAACUGGUCAACGGGCCCUCUUGGGUGCAGAUCCAGGAGGAGGACUUCGCACACGCCGAUGGACCGGAACUCCACAAUAGAGAUCAAAUCGCAUUGAAGGACAAAGCGAGGAACCUGAAGAUGGAUUUUCUCAAGUAUGUACCGCUUCCGUGCACUCCUCUCUCUUUCUUGUUCUGUUUCGCUGCAACUCACGCAUCUUUUGCUCUCUUCUCCGCUCUUCCCAAAUCCUCAAAGUCAAAGUUUCAUGAUAUGGUCAAUACUAACCGUCUCAAUUUUAGAGCACGCCGGCGUCUACCUGUCGGAUUCGAAAAAGUAAGCAUAGGUAAUCGCAUGGUCAGCAAGCUGCGUGAGCUUGGUAUCGACUACGUCGAGGGAAGAUUCGAAGGCACCUACAACGAGAUGGACCAAUAG